AUGGUUGCCACAUUGGCACGAUGGGAUCAGGGCCGCAUGGCUGCAGUGGACUCACGCUGCUGCUUUGACGGGGCGCUAGAGAGUCGUUUUCCUCUGCAUCGUUGCCAGCUUGCGUGCAUGUCUGUGUCUCUGUGUGUGUGUGUGUGUGUCUAUGGACAGAGUGAGAGAGCGAGGGACCGAUUCCAUGCAACGUUUAUGCGUGAUUGCGAGGCGUCUCACUUUCUGGCCCUUGAGGUCGUUGCCGGGGACACGAGGUGGGAGCUGCAUGCGCCACAGCCGGAGUGCGGCACUUUGCAAUAA